AAGCCGAUCCUCCUUCUCCCCCACCCACUUUCUCCCUUUCUCUCUCUCUCUCUCUCUCUCUCUGCGCAACGCAGGAAGAGAACCUCGAAAAAGUCUCCAUCUUUCUCCCUUCCAGCGCCAGCGAACCUCCACCCACCUCCUCCCUACUCCAUAAGAUCAUAACCCUAAUUCCCGAAUCCCCGACCGGCGCGCAGUCCCCGAUUUCCGUUCCGAGCCGAGCCGAGCUCUGAGCUUGAGCUGAUUCCGGGCGCCGGGCUUCGCGAAGCGCGAAGAUGCGGGGUGGGCUGCGGAGCUUCUCGUUCUUCUUGUUGUUCUGCGCGUCGUCGCUAACCCUAGCGCCGUUCCGGCUGGCCGGCGCCAACUCCGAGGGGGACGCGCUCUACACCUUCCGGCGGAGCCUGUCGGAUCCGGACAACGUGCUCCAGAGCUGGGAUCCGACCCUGGUCAACCCCUGCACCUGGUUUCACAUCACUUGCAACCAGGACAACCGCGUCACUCGAGUAGAUUUAGGGAACUCUAAUCUAUCUGGACAUCUGGUACCUGAACUCGGGAAGCUUGAGCAUCUGCAGUAUCUUGAGCUUUACAAGAACAACAUUCAAGGAACUAUUCCGACUGAGCUUGGUAACUUGAAGAGCCUUGUUAGCUUGGACUUGUAUUACAACAAUAUCACUGGGAACAUCCCUCCCUCACUGGGGAAGUUGAAUUCUCUUGUUUUCCUGAGGCUAAAUGAUAAUAAGUUGACUGGGCCAAUCCCAAGGGAACUUGUUGGCAUUUCAAGUCUUAAAGUCGUGGAUGUAUCAAACAACAACCUUUGUGGAACUAUUCCUACUACGGGACCAUUUGAACACAUUCCACUGAACAACUUUGAGAACAACCCACGACUAGAAGGACCCGAGUUGCUUGGGCUCGCAAGCUACGACACUAACUGUUACUAAUGGGUGGACGCGAUGCAAAAUCUCAUAUCUAGUAUGGUGAUUCAGUCUCGAGAGUCAGGAAUCUAUUAUCUUACAUGUAAAAGGAGAGCCGGGGAUGCGAUCCUCUUGAGUAAUUUGUAUAUUGUAUUAUACUUGAAUGCUUUAGCAUUUGGAACUCUGGGUUGUUGUGUUGUUUCGGAGACAUUCUAAGUUAUGAAUCUGUAUUGUCAUAGUACUAGUGAAAGUCUGAUAGCAAGAAUGGAAGUGGUUUUUGGUGA